AUGGAGGAAUUCACAACAGAAACAGACGAAGAAACAUCAUCGGGUUUCAGUGAUAAUACUACAAUGACUCCUGAUUCCAAUGAUUUAACAUUGAUAGUCACGGAAUAUGAUGAUUCAGAUAAUUCAACUGACUUCUCUAUGGAGGAAAGCUCAUCAGAAACAGACGAAAUAAUAUCAUUGAGUAUCAGAGAUGCUUCAGAGAAUUCCGAUUACUUCGGAUUACCACUACCAAUCACGAAACUAAAUGGUUCAGCCAAUUUAACUCUAUUCAACUUCACUGAUCCUGAAACCAGUUUAUUUGAUACUUGGAUUGAAGUAUCAGAUACAGUUCGAAUGGAAGGGAGAUCAAUAGCUACACUCGUACUAUUUCAACCAUAUGAUUAUCAAUCAGCAAUAUUUUUCUAUCUACUCAAUCCACAACCAGAUGGAUCAGCUUUUGCUGGGAUUGACUAUGAAUUAGAUUCUUGGAAUUUAUCAGAUUACAAAGGCAUUAUAAUUGAUCUACAUAGACAAGGUGAAAAUCCGAAUUUCAAAUUGAUAUUCUAUGGCAACUGUUCGGAAAUAUUCACAUGUCAAUCAUACGAAUCAUUUUUCGAGACAUCUGGUCAACGGCAACAAAUAGAACUACCGUUUAGUUCAUUUAAACCAUAUUUCCGUGGAGAACCGAAACCCGAGUUACCGCCUUUAGAUAUAACCCAACUAUCACGUAUCGGUAUACAAGCAUACGGUGGCGUUUUUGCAGAUAAGCGGCAAUCCGGUCCAGGCUCUAUCGAGUUAUUCACAAUUUCAGCAUAUAAAGAAGCUUAAAUUUCAGUCUAAAGAAGCUGAAUUUAUGAAUGUUUCACACUAUAUGAUUUGCUGUACUGAUACGUUGUAUGAUUUUUUACAAGUUUGAUAAGACUAGUUUAGACAAUAAAUGAUAUAUUCUAAA